GAAAAGGCGUCCUCGGAGGUCCGCAGCUCCCCCAUCAGCUCGCGUCUCCUCCCCGCGUUCAACACCAGCACCCACUUGGUAACGGCUCACGCGUCACCUUCGGGUGUUCAACCAUGACCCGCUGUCAUCGAUAUGAUUGAUGUACCGCGGCGCCUGCGUCGCGCCAUCCUGCUCAACGACUUACCUCUCGUGCAGCGCAUUAUCCACAACAACCCUGGUUACCUGCGCAAUCCAGACUACGAGGAAAAGAGCAACACGAACUUGCAUCUAGCUGCAAAACAUGGUUUCACACAGAUUGCUGAGUUCCUUGUCGAUGCUGGUCACGAAGAAGAUUCCAUAAGCCGCAACAAUGACUUCGAAACGCCCUUGAUGUUCGCUGCCAUGGCUGGCAAAGAGGAAACCGGCGUCUACCUCGCAAAGCGCUUCCCAGAGUGCAUACCGUGGGAGAACAAAGCUGGUCUGGACGCUCUCAUGCUCUCCAGUAAAUCCGGCAGCGGCACCCUCCAUCUCAUUCCAACCCUCAUCGUCCAAGACCCAACCAUCCUUACCGCGCACGAUAAAUCUGGCAACACGGCACUCCAUCAUGCUUCUGCGGCUGGCGAGCUGAAGGCUCUACGUCUACUCCUUCAAUCCGGCGCAAAUCCCCUCGUCUCAAACGCAUACAGCUGGACACCAGUUCAUUACUCCGCUACACCCGCCGCGGAAGCAUACUUCAAGACGCUCAUCAUUGAGUUCGAGAAGAAGAAGGCCGAGGGCAAGCGCGAGUUGCAAGAGCGACAGCGGCAGAGAAACGCCGGGGUGCGCUUAGUGACGGAUGGAGAUGGGUUGGUAGGCAGGGGCAGUAGUGAAAGUGAGCGGAUAAGAACGAGAGCGAGAGAUGAUGCAGGGUUGCAAGGGUUGCCCGCGCCGGGUAUGGACUGGAGUCCGGUGGAGAAGAGGAGGGCAAUGACGCCGACGGAGGGGAGGGGGUGGACGUUUACGCCUGAUGGGAUGAGGCCGAGGGCUGAGACGGCGGAGAGUAGUGGGACGGUGUAAGACUAACGCAGAAUUCGGGCGCUUCGGUGACGUUUGGCAUGGCAUGAGCUUUUGGUGUUUGGUGUUUGGACGUAGUGGUAUGACCUCGAGCCUUUUGGGCACCUUCCUCGGUACAAUGUUCUUCAGUUAUAUUGCAGCAAUAUCAACAUCCUCCU